AAAAAGUUGGCACAUCUGCCAUCUGUUUUAUUUUGCAUAAUUCUAUUUCUAUACAUUGUAGGACGAGAUCUUUGGACGAGAUUGUAAAUGAAUUGAUUGUGCCGUAAUAUUUACGCUUCAAAAUUACUUAAGAGGUGUUCAUUUCAGUGUCAGUUACUAAUUUGAAUAGUUUCUAAUAAAAUAUUGAACGCUUAGAUACUUUCGCAGUAUGUGUAUAUUUCUAAUUUCUAUUUAGUAUUAAAAUUGAAAUAAUAAAUAAUAAUUGUCUUUAUUGUUAUAAAAAUACUUUUGUGAGUAUCGAGUGGCGACAUAAUGGUGUAAUCAUUGAUUGUUAAAUUGUAAAUUUGAAUACAAAUACAAUAAUGGACAAGAACAUGGAUUCGCCGACCACUGAAAGUUCUCUGCCAGAACUGGAAGUUCUGGACAGUGAGACCGAUUAUUCCAGUAUUCGAGGAAAGAUGAUACUAGUAAGUCCCACAGCUGAUGAGUAUGAUCUACUACGUAAACAAUUGCUAGAGAGGCUAGAGGCGGGAAAUGGAGAAAUCAUUUAUGACAUCGGUCAUGGAGAAGAUGGUCGGGGGCUGACGGAGGACGAGUACAGCGCGUCGGUAGCGACGCUACAGUCUCUAGUGAGCGGCGAGCGCAUUUCGUGCGUGGAGCUGCGCCGCUGGGACUGCGGCUCCGGCCUCACCGGGCAGUACCUGCUGCGCACCGAGCUCGACCACAACGAUUUUAUGGAGAUCAGGGUUGCGGUAGUAGGGAACGUGGACGCCGGUAAGUCUACGCUACUGGGAGUGCUGACACACGGUGAGCUCGACAAUGGCAGAGGGUACGCUCGACAGAGGCUAUUCAGACACAAGCACGAGGCCGAGAGUGGGAGGACCAGUUCCGUUGGAAACGACAUCCUGGGCUUCGACAGCUUAGGCAACGUGGUAAAUAAGCCGGAGCACGGUGCGCUGGACUGGGUGAAGAUCUGCGAGAAGUCAUCGAAGGUGAUCACUUUCAUUGACCUUGCGGGUCACGAACGUUACCUCAAGACCACAGUCUUUGGUAUGACGGGACAUGCGCCAGACUUCGGAAUGCUCAUGAUCGGCGCAAACGCGGGCAUCGUGGGCAUGACGAAGGAGCACCUGGGACUAGCGCUGGCCCUGGCCGUGCCCGUCUUCGUCGUCGUCACCAAGAUCGACAUGUGCCCGCCCAAUGUGCUGCAGGAUAAUCUCAAGCUACUUAUCAGGAUUCUGAAAUCAUCAGGAUGUCGAAAGGUUCCAGUGAUGGUGAAGACAAGGGAUGAUGUCAUUGUCAGUGCUACCAACUUUGUAUCACAAAGGCUAUGCCCUAUCUUCCAAGUGUCCAACGUGACGGGCGAAAAUCUGGAGAUGCUAACGAUGUUCCUCAACCUGCUAAAGACCAGGAUGCCCUCACAGGAUGACAAGCCUGCUGAAUUUCAGAUCGAUGAUACGUACUCUGUUCCUGGCGUGGGCACCGUGGUGUCGGGGACCACCCUGGCGGGCGUGAUCCGCCUCAACGACACGCUGCUGCUGGGGCCCGACCCGCUCGGCCGCUUCACGCCCAUCACCGUCAAGAGCAUCCACCGCAAGCGCAUGAGCGUGGCCGAGGUGCGCGGCGGCCAGACGGCCAGCUUCGCGCUCAAGAAGAUCAAGCGGUCCGCGAUCCGCAAGGGCAUGGUGAUGGUGUCCCCGGCGCUGAACCCGCAGGCGUGCUGGCAGUUCGAGGGCGAGAUCCUCGUGCUGCACCACCCCACCACCAUCUCCUCGCGCUACCAGGCCAUGGUGCACUGCGGCAGUAUCCGGCAGACGGCGUCCAUCUUGUCCAUGUCCCGCGACUGCCUGCGCACGGGCGACAAGGCGCUGGUGCGCUUCCGCUUCAUCAAGCACCCCGAGUACCUCAAGCGCGGCCAGCGGAUGGUGUUCCGCGAGGGCCGCACCAAGGCGGUGGGCAACGUGCUGCGGCCCGAGCCCGCCGCCGCGCCGCGCGCGCCGCCCGCCCGCCCCGCGCGCCCGCCCCGCGCGCCGCUCGCGCCGCACGCCGCCAACACCGCGCCGCUCUCGCAGCCGCCGCAGGCGGUGGGCAACGUGCUGCGGCCCGAGCCCGCCGCCGCGCCGCGCGCGCCGCCCGCCCGCCCCGCGCGCCCGCCCCGCGCGCCGCUCGCGCCGCACGCCGCCAACACCGCGCCGCUCUCGCAGCCGCCGCAGGCGGUGGGCAACGUGCUGCGGCCCGAGCCCGCCGCCGCGCCGCGCGCGCCGCCCGCCCGCCCCGCGCGCCCGCCCCGCGCGCCGCUCGCGCCGCACGCCGCCAACACCGCGCCGCUCUCGCAGCCGCCGCAGGCGGUGGGCAACGUGCUGCGGCCCGAGCCCGCCGCCGCGCCGCGCGCGCCGCCCGCCCGCCCCGCGCGCCCGCCCCGCGCGCCGCUCGCGCCGCACGCCGCCAACACCGCGCCGCUCUCGCAGCCGCCGCAGGCGGUGGGCAACGUGCUGCGGCCCGAGCCCGCCGCCGCGCCGCGCGCGCCGCCCGCCCGCCCCGCGCGCCCGCCCCGCGCGCCGCUCGCGCCGCACGCCGCCAACACCGCGCCGCUCUCGCAGCCGCCGCAGACGCAGGAGAGCGACGUGACGGCGGCGGACUCCCCGUUCGAGCUGCAGGCGGACAAGCGCGGCGCGGCGCGGCGCCGCAAGCGGCACGACAAGCCCGCGCCCGCCGCGCCGCUCGCCGCCAAGUAG